UAAAUCCCAUUGGACAUUUCUCUUUUGAAAAAUAAUAAACCAACUUAAAUUAGGUUUAAAAUAACUUUCAUUAUAAUUGUAUUGUUUAAAAUAUAUUUAUUUUAGCCAAAAUUAAAAUUUUCCCGGGUUGGUUAGUAGGUAGUAGGUACCGGCUUAAAAUCAUCCAAUCAAUAAAAAUACAAAAUACAAAAAAGGUGCAUAAUGUUAAAUAAGUAAAAAAAACAAAGCUAAAAAUAAAAGGACUUAGUGCAUACACAAAAUGUGGAAUCCUAACGCCAUAGACAAUCGUCAAAUGGAGAAACGCAUAGUGGUCGGACGGGUGAGACCCACGUGGGCGAGGAACCUACCAGAGACGAGAGAGGAUGAAGACAAAACGGAACAGGAGGCCGGAGUGAUGCCUCACAGUGACCCACCAUCACCCACAGAAACAUGGAACCAGACAGGGAAACAGGAAGAUAAAUAUGAUGUCUUUGGAAAGGUGAUGUUGCUCGGUGACAGCGGCGUUGGAAAGACCUGCAUGCUUGUCCGCUUCCGGGAUGGAACUUUUCUCGCCGGCAAUUACAUUUCCACCGUUGGAAUCGAUUUCCGGGUACAUUUUCCAGACCACGUGCCAUCAUUAGCAACUAUAGAAACCAUUAUGCGUCAAUUAUUUUUUUUUGUGAAAUAAAUCAUGAUAUUGGCUCUUAAUUUUAAUUUGUAACCUUCAAACACAAAAAAACUAAUAAAUGGUUGUCAGGGGUUCCAAGUUCAAACUGGCCAGUCACGGCGUCUGGCGGACGCCGUGACGAUACGCUAUUGGUGUUAAACUUUGCCGCGCUUUUUUCGUUCCCGCCCCUUAGUCAUGACAGCUGUGAUUGAAUUGACUGCUCGUGAGAGUGAUUUAUUACAAUGACAGUCAGUUUUU